UGCGUGGGGGGACAUCGGGGCGGAGAAGUGCUCCCGGGCCGGGCCGCACGGAUCGGGACAGAGAGAGAGAGAGGUUGUCCGAGGCCAGGCGGUCACUGGGAACCGGCCCGUCUCUUUUUACUCUCUCUCUUCUCCUUCUUCCUCUUUGGGGGACGUUAACAAUAAAGUAAGGUGAAGUAACCUUCCUUAUCCUCUCUUCUCACCCCCCCCUCCUCCUCCCAUAUCCUCGUCCCUCCACCACCACGCAAAAAAAAAAAAGAGUGGUCUCCACGCCGCGAUCAGAUCCCGUGGGAAUCUCCUCUGGGGAAGAGGGAUAAAAAAAAGAGAGAGUUUCCGCUGAAAACGUGCUCCGCCGGUGCUGAGCUGCGGCGGUCAGCAAGAGGCGGGAGGGGGGGGACUGGAGACGGGGAAGGGGAGCUGCGGCCAACGAGCAGCCAUCAUUAAAUUACACUCAUUUAUCCUGAUGGGAUUAGAGAGGACGCGCUCAGCAAAACAAGAGCACGCACACACGCAGGGGGGAAAAAGCACGCCGCGGGUCUGGUGCGUUUUGAGCCAGGUGGACCGCUGAAACUGUCCUGUAACCCGACUUUGCCUGACACUGCGUUGUCCAAAGGAAUUAAGGAAAUAUGGAGUGACAUGCAGGAGAUUAGUUAAAGGAUUAAAGGCUUUGAGGACAUACACCUCAGUGGAGGCACAGAUUCGCUCGCUUGGCGCAGAAGCUCGGCGGGGGGAAGCCGCCGCGGGCUGACGAGAGGGAAGGAAGGAUGGCGGAUCCAGGGAUGAUGAGCUUGUUCGGGGACGAUGGGAAUCUGUUCACUGAAGGGCUAGAAGGUCUGGGUGAGUGUGGCUACUCCGAGAGCCAGGUCAACCCCCUGGGGCAGCAGAUGCCCAUUGAUCAGGGCUACGGGUCACUGCCUUCAUCGCUCCACCACACCUCCCAGGCUGCGCCUGGCCAGGGCCAGCCCAAGCUCAGCCACUUCGACCAUUUUGGCCAGUACGAGCAGCCGAAGAUGCACUUGAUUGAGCAGCAGGGGGGCCGGAUGCUGGGCAGUGCACCCGGAAAUGGCAUGUCCUCCCCUCACUCGCAGUACCACAACCCUCCUCCGCCGGUCAGCCACGGGGGCGGAGGGCAGAUAGGAGUGUAUCCAGGCAUGCAGGGAGAAAGGCAUGGCCAGCCUUUUGUAGACAGUGGCUCCAUGUGGGGGCCCAGGGCUGUGCAGGUCCCAGAACAGGUUCGAGCCCCCUUCCAGCAGCAGCAGCAGCAGGCUCCGCCCCAGCAGUCUGGCCCCUCUGGCCCGCAAGGCCACGUUCAGCAGAUGGGUCCCUACAUGGCCCGGGGUGAUUACACAAUGCAGCAGCACAGCCAGACGCCCACCCCUCCCAGAAUGAACCAGUUCUCCCAAGGCCCGCCGCAGGAAGGCAGCCGAGGACCACCAGCCAACCAUUUCCUGGGACACAUGGCCCCGCAGCAGAAUCCCAAUCUCGUGGGGCCUCCUAUGCGCCACUCGGUGCAACCGCAGCAGCCCCAGCAGUUUCACCAUCGCCCCCCGCCCGGGGCGAUUCUCCCCGAAUCCGUGGCCCACAGCCCCCGCUUCUCGCCCAGCCCCUCUCAGCAGCAGCAGCAACAGGCCGUAGCGGGGGGAAGGCCGCAGCAGAACUUGGGCUUCAGCUCGCGCAGCCAGCCGGUUCCUUCUCCUACUGUGAACAACUCAGGGCAGUAUCCCCCAUACUCUCCGUACAGCAACCUCAAUCAGGGAUUAGUAAACAAUACAGGGAUGAGUCCCAACAUGAGCCUUACCAGCAGCAGUGCCCCUAUGAACCAGGGGCCAGUGGUGCCACGUUAUCCCAGCGCCGGUGUGGGCUACCCCCCGGGGGGGCCCCAGGGCCUCAUGCACCAGCAGCCCAUUCACGUCAACCAAAUCAACUCCCAGCCUAUGCAUCCCUCUCAGCAGCAGCAGCCGGCGCCGCCGCCACAACCGGCACCGCCACAGCAGCCCCCGCCUCAGGGAUCCUACGGGUCUCCCCCUCCCAUGUCCCCGAUGAAGGCCAUGAGCAACCCAGCGGGCACGCCCCCCCCACAGCAGGUCCGGCCGGGCAGCGCGGGCAUGGGCAUGGAGGUAGGGGGUUACCCCAGCAUGCCUCACCAGCCCGCCGGAGCGCUGGGUUUGUCUCAGAGGAACAUGGGUCCCAGAGGCUUGACGCAGCAGCAGCAGCAGCAGCCGCCGCCACCCCCCCAGCCCUACAUGGGCCUGUCCCCCAGCCAGAGGGACUUGGCCGGAUCACUACGUCCCCCGGGAGGCCUGGGGGGUGGUCACGCGGAGCCACAGGUGUUGCAGGACCAGCGGCUGCUGUCUGGACCUCCCCAGCAGCCCCCGCACCCCGGCCCGCAGCUGCCACCCCCGCUGCCUUUUCAGAAGCAGCAGCUGCAGGCCUGCUCCCCCAUGCAGCAGCAGCAGCCCCCACAGCAGCAGCAGCAGCAGCCGCAAGCGCUUCUGUCUGUGCAUCGUCAGAGCUCCCCGCCUCACCCUCACCACCAGCCGUGGGCACAGCAGCACCAGUCGCCGCCCACUCCCCAGAAAGUGCCUGUUCAACAGCCUUCCCCGUCAGAUCCUUCGCUUGACUUGCCAGCGUCCGACAAGACGCACGCCGCGGGCCCCAACUCCCAGCUGGCCACCUGCGAUGAGCAACAGGCGGGAGGGGACCAGAAGCAGAAGAAGAAAAAGAAGAAGAAAGUGAAAGCCAGUCCCGGGGAAGGCGGGGGCGAAGCCGGGCCGGAGGGCUGUGUAGACCCCCUGAAGAACCCGGCCGCAGAACAGCCGGAGGAGAAGAAGAAAAAGAAGAAGCCAAAGGAGAAGAAGGAGCCGAAGGAACCCAAGCCGCCCAAAACACCGAAAACACCCAAGACGCCAAAAGAGCCCAAGGAGAAGAAAGUCAAAACGACCACGCCGAAAGCAAAGAGCACCCCAAAAGUCAGUGUUAAAAAGCCCGAUCCCGAAACAAGCACUACAAAGAAGAAGGAAGGGAAGCGCAAGCGGGAAUCCUCUGACAAUUCUGACUUGGAAAAAACACCCCCUCCUUCUCCAGAGGAGGAGGAGGAUCUGGGCGUUCAGAAGAGACGGUCCAGCAGGCAGGUCAAGAGGAAGCGUUACACUGAGGACUUGGAGUUCAAGAUUUCCGAUGAAGAAGCGGAGGAUGGAGACGCCACAGGACAAAAGUCACCGUCAAACGCUUCGGAGCAGCAGGAGGCUCCGGAUGCAGAGGGCCCCGUUGUGGAAAAAAUCAUGGGUAUGCGCAUGGGGAAGAAGAAGGCGGAGUCUGGCGAAGAAGUGGAUAUUGAAGAAUUUUACGUCAAAUUCAAAAACUUUUCCUACCUUCACUGUCGAUGGGCUGACAUAGAAGAGCUGGGGAAGGACAAAAGAGUCCACCAGAAAGUUAAGAGGUUCAAAGCUAAGCAGUCCCUUAACAAUUUCCUCAGUGAGAUGGAUGAUGAGCCUUUCAAUCCAGACUAUGUGGAAGUGGAUAGAAUUCUGGAUGUUUCUCAAAGCACUGAUGACAAUGGAGAGCCUGUCACUCACUAUCUGGUGAAGUGGUGUUCGCUUCCAUAUGAAGACAGCACUUGGGAGCUGAAGCAGGACAUAGACUCGGCUAAGAUUGAAGAAUUUGAGAAACUUAUGGCCAGAGAGCCUGAGCUGAAUCGAGUGGAGCGGCCUCCUGCAAGCGACUGGCAGAAAUCCGAGAGUUCCAGGGAAUAUAAAAAUGGAAAUGCACUCAGGGAAUACCAGCUGGAGGGAGUCAAUUGGCUGCUCUUCAAUUGGUACAACGCACGAAACUGCAUUUUGGCAGACGAAAUGGGCUUGGGAAAAACUAUCCAAUCCAUUACAUUCCUCUAUGAGAUUUUCUUGAAGGGAAUUCAUGGCCCUUUCCUGGUUAUCGCACCACUUUCUACCAUUCCUAACUGGGAGAGGGAGUUUCACACAUGGACUGAACUGAAUGUGGUUGUGUACCAUGGCAGUCAAGCUAGCCGGAGGACGAUACAGACAUACGAGAUGAACUUCAGGGAUCCACAGGGCCGUGUGAUAAAGGGAGCCUACAAAUUCCACGCUGUCAUCACCACCUUUGAAAUGAUACUGACUGACUGCCCAGAACUGCGGAACAUUCAGUGGCGCUGUGUUGUCAUUGAUGAGGCCCACCGACUGAAGAACAGGAAUUGCAAGCUGCUGGAAGGGCUUAAAAUGAUGGAUAUGGAGCACAAAGUUCUACUCACUGGGACUCCUUUACAGAAUACAGUAGAAGAACUCUUCAGUUUAUUGAAUUUCUUAGAACCUGAAAGAUUCCCUUCAGAGUCCACAUUCAUGCAAGAGUUUGGUGAUUUGAAGACCGAGGAACAGGUGCAAAAACUCCAGGGUAUCUUGAAACCAAUGAUGCUGAGGCGACUGAAGGAAGAUGUUGAGAAGAACUUGGCACCAAAGGAAGAGACCAUCAUUGAGGUAGAGCUCACCAACAUCCAGAAGAAGUACUACCGUGCUAUUCUGGAGAAGAACUUUGCCUUCCUAUCUAAGGGGGGUGGAGGCGGCGGCAAUGCAAAUGUACCAAACCUUUUAAACACUAUGAUGGAGCUUAGGAAGUGCUGCAACCACCCUUACCUUAUUAAUGGUGCUGAAGAGAAAAUUCUGGAAGAGUUCAGGGAGACUCAUCAUUCCGACUAUCCAGAUUUUCACCUCCAGGCGAUGAUCCAGGCUGCUGGAAAGCUAGUGCUGAUUGACAAGCUGCUGCCAAAACUAAAGGCUGGUGGCCACAGGGUGCUUGUCUUCUCCCAGAUGGUCCGAUGCCUGGACAUUUUGGAGGACUACCUCAUCCAGAGAAGAUACCCCUAUGAGCGAAUUGAUGGCAGAGUAAGGGGUAACCUUCGACAGGCAGCUAUAGACAGGUUCUCCAGACCUGAUUCAGAUAGGUUUGUGUUUCUGCUGUGCACAAGAGCAGGAGGCCUAGGCAUUAACCUCACUGCGGCUGAUACCUGCAUUAUCUUUGAUUCAGAUUGGAAUCCGCAGAAUGAUUUGCAGGCUCAAGCAAGAUGUCACAGAAUCGGUCAGAGUAAAGCUGUCAAAAUCUAUCGGUUGAUAACCAGGAAUUCCUAUGAAAGGGAGAUGUUUGACAAAGCUAGUUUAAAGCUAGGUCUGGAUAAGGCUGUGCUGCAGUCUAUGAGUGGUAGAGAGAAUGCUGCUAAUGGGGUGCAGCAGCUUUCAAAGAAAGAAAUUGAAGACCUGCUUCGCAAAGGAGCUUAUGGGGCACUCAUGGAUGAGGAGGAUGAAGGCUCCAAAUUCUGUGAAGAGGAUAUUGAUCAAAUAUUGCAGAGACGAACACAAACCAUUACCAUUGAAUCUGAAGGAAAAGGAUCCACUUUUGCAAAGGCAAGCUUUGUAUCAUCUGGGAACAGAACUGAUAUAUCCCUGGAAGAUCCUGACUUUUGGCAAAAAUGGGCUAAGAAAGCAGAACUUGAUAUGGAUGCAAUAAAUGGAAGGAAUAACCUUGUAAUUGACACACCAAGAAUUAGGAAGCAGACCCGUCACUACAGUUCUGUGAAAGAGGAAGAAAUGAUGGAGUUUUCUGAGCUGGAAAGUGACUCAGAGGAGAAGCCCAAUGUGAAGCUCCGCCGACCUCAGGAUAAAUCCCAGGGUUACCCUCGCAGCGAGUGCUUCAGAGUGGAGAAGAACCUGCUGGUGUAUGGCUGGGGACGAUGGACCGAUAUCCUGUCUCAUGGGCGGUUUAAGCGGCAGCUGAAGGAGCAGGACGUGGAGACCAUCUGCCGCGCUGUGCUGGUUUACUGCCUCAAUCACUACAAGGGAGAUGAGAACAUCAAGAGCUUCAUUUGGGACCUGAUCACCCCUACUGAAGAUGGACAGACCCGAGCUUUGCAGAACCACUCGGGGCUGUCUGCUCCAGUACCCAGGGGACGCAAAGGAAAGAAGGUUAAAACACAGGCUGCUCAGCCAUUCAUUCAGCAGGCAGACUGGCUGGCGAGCUGUAACCCUGACACCCUCUUCCAGGAAGACAGUUACAAGAAGCACCUGAAACACCACUGUAACAAAGUCCUGCUGCGGGUCCGCAUGCUGUACUAUCUCAGGCAAGAAGUUAUCGGCGACCAAGCAGACAAGAUUUUAGAGGGCACGGAUUCAAGUGAAAUUGAUGUUUGGAUUCCUCAACCAUUCCAUGCUGAAGUGCCUACUGACUGGUGGAAUAGGGAAGCUGAUAAAUCUCUGCUCAUUGGAGUCUUUAAACAUGGGUAUGAGAAGUACAAUUCCAUGCGAGCUGACCCUAGUCUAUAUUUUUUGGAAAGAGUGGGGAUGCCAGACGCCAAGGCUAUUGCUGCAGAACAGAGAGGAGCUGACAUGAUGGCAGAUGGUGCUGAUGGGGGUGAUUUUGACAGAGAAGAUGAGGACCCAGAGUACAAGCCGGCCAGAAUGCCUUUCAAGGAUGAAAUGGAUGAGUUUGCAAAUUCACCUUUGGAUGAUAAAGAGGAAGCCAUGGAUGUUGAAAAUUCAGGAAAAUCGAGUGAAAAUGCUGAGUAUGGUAAACUGUACUGGCCCACUGCCUCCGCGCUGACGACCAGAUUGCGGCGCCUGAUCACAGCUUAUCAGCGCAGCUACAAGCGGGAGCAGAUGAGGCAGGAAGCUUUGAACAAGACGGACCGCAGGAGACGACGGCCAAGGGAGGAAGUGAGAGCCUUGGAGGCCGAGCGAGAAGCCAUUAUAACAGAGAGGCGUCAAAAGUGGACGAGGAGAGAGGAAGCCGAUUUCUACAGGGUGGUGUCGACCUUUGGCGUUAUGUUCGAUACAAAAAAACAUCGUUUUGACUGGAACCAGUUUCGUGCCUUUGCCCGCCUGGACAAAAAGACAGAUGAGAGUCUGGAGAAAUACUUUUACUCGUUUGUGGCAAUGUGCAGAAGGGUAUGCCGCAUGCCUGUGAAGUCAGACGAAGAGCCACACGAUCCCACUAUCCUCAUCGAGCCUAUCACAGAGGAGCGAGCCUCCAGGACUCUGUACCGCAUAGAGCUCCUCCGGAAGAUCCGGGAGCAGGUUCUGACUCACCCAGACCUGGACGAGCGGCUCAAGCUGUGCCAGGCCAGCCUGGAUCUGCCGGAGUGGUGGGAGAGCGGCCGGCAUGACAAGGACCUGCUGGUGGGCGCCUCCAAGCACGGCGUCAGCAGGACCGACUACCACAUCCUGAACGACCCGGAGCUCUCGUUCCUGGAAUCCCACCGGAGGUUUGCUCAGAACAAGAGCAGCGGCCAGCUGUGCAGCACCCCCUACCCCGGCCAGGGCACGCUGCUGGCGCUGUCGGCCGCGGCCCUCCCGGUCAAGAAGGAAGAGGAGCAGGAGCCACACCCUCCUCCGGCGGAGGGGGCCGAGGCGCUGGAAGAGGAGCCGAAGGCCGAGGUAGACCCUCUGAAAGCGAGCGAGGAAGAGGAGGCCAAGGAGGAUGUCCGGACAAGCGCCGGGGAGGAGGUACCUGUUAAACCCGAGGAAUCGGAGGGCGCCCCAACGGAGACCCAGUGUGACGCCAAAGAGCCCGCGGUGCAGGAAGACGCAGAAGCACUAGCUGAGCUGGAGCCCAAGUCGCUGUCGGAAAAGGGCUCUGAAGAAGAUGACGAAGAUAAGAUGGAUGAUGACGACAAGUCGGAGGAAUCUUCUCACGCGGAAGCUGGGGCGGCUUCUCGGGGUAAGAACUUCGACGAGGAGAGCAAUGCCUCCAUGAGCACAGCCCGCGAUGAGACCCGCGAUGGGUUCUACGCCGAGGACGGGGAGACCUCAAUGGCUCACAUUCUGCACGAAAGAUCUUUCUCUUUUUCCUUCUGGCCCAAGGACAGAGUGAUGAUCAAUCGCCUGGACAACAUUUGUGAAGCGGUGUUGAAGGGGAAGUGGCCUGUGAACAGGCGUCAGCUGUUCGACUUCCCUGGCCUGCUGCCUGGAUACACCCCCUCCACCCUGGACAGCCCCCUGCCGAGGAGGAGUUUUGCUGAGCUGUCUAUGGUGGGCCAGGCCAAUUAUAGUGGCAGUGAGGACAUCACCCUCUCCCCUCAGAUCUCCAAGGAAGAGGUGCUGAGCAUGACUGUUCCCCGUCAGCGGCGCCGCAGGAGGAGGAAGAUUGAAAUUGAGGCAGAGAGGGCUGCUAAACGGAAGAACCUCAUGGAGAUGGUGGCCCAGCUGAGGGAAUCCCAUGUGGGCUCUGACAGCCCCGACAAAGCUGUGGACUUAUCGAAAGCCUUGCGAGAGGCAACCAGUUCUACCUCAAAUAUCUCUUCUGUUGCUUCCAAGUUUCUUUUGCCCAAUGCCUCCACCCCAACAGCUGAUGCCUUUAAAACUCAGAUGGAGUUGCUGCAAGCUGGCCUUUCAGGAACACCCACCAGACAACUAAUGAAUGGCUCCUUUCUGGAAGGAGAGAUUCCCAUGAAGAGGAGGAGAGGCAGAAGGAAAAAUGUGGAGGGGCUGGAUUUGCUUUUCAUGAGCAACAAGAGGGCAUCGCUAAGUGCUGAGGAUGCAGAAGUGACCAAAGCUUUUGAGGACAGAGUGCAGGUCCCACAACAACCACAGAGAAACAUUCCAUCCCCUGGCCAGCUGGACCCAAAUGCUCGCAUCCCUGUCAUUAACCUGGAAGAUGGGAGCAGGCUGGUGGGAGACGAAGCCCCUACAAAUAAGGACUUAAUUGAAUGGCUUAAGCAGCACCCUGCUUACACUGUUGACAUGCCAAGUUAUGUACCAAAGAAUGAGGACUUGCUUCUGUCGCCGUUCCAGAAACCGAAACAGAAGAGGCACCGGUGUCGCAACCCCAAUAAAAUUGACAUCAACACCUUGACGGGAGAGGAGAGGGUGCCUGUAGUAAACAGAAGAAAUGGAAAAAAGAUGGGAGGAGCUAUGGCCCCACCCAUGAAGGAUUUACCAAGGUGGCUCGAAGAAAAUCCAGAAUUUGCAAUUGCUCCUGACUGGACCGAAAUAGUAAAGCAAUCGGGCUUCCUUCCAGAGUCCAUGUAUGAUCGCCUUCUUACCGGACCAGUGGUGCGAGAGGAAGGGCCGGGCCGCAGAGGGAGGAGACCAAAGAGCGAGAUCGCCAAGGCUGCGGCCCAGGCCGCUGCAGCUGCGGCCUCCUCUUCAGGCAUCAACCCUUUACUAAUGAACAGCCUGUUCGCUGGCAUGGACCUCACCAGCCUGCAGAACCUUCAGAACCUGCAGAGCCUGCAGCUGGCGGGACUUAUGGGUUUUCCUCCAGGUUUGGCUACCGGAGCCGGAGGUGACGCCAAGCACACGUCUGCCAUGCUGCCCCUGAUGCUGCCUGGCAUGGCGGGGCUGCCCAACAUGUUCGGCCUGGGGGGCCUCUUCAAUAAUAACCUGGCGGCCGCCGCGGCCGCGGCUUCUGGCAGCCCCUCCGCCGCGGGGCAGGGCGAGCCUGAGGAAGGGGCGGCGCCCAAACCGGAAGAGAACAACGACGAAGAGGGCGACGAGAAGGAGUCGGAGAAGGCCGAGGCCUCCGGCGAAGGAGAGGGGUCGGCGAGCGCGGCCAGUGCCGCGGCGGCGGCGGCGGCCGCUGCUGGCAUGUCCGCAGGCCCCCUGGCUUUCAACCCCUUCCUGCUGUCCACCAUGGCGCCAGGCCUCUUCUACCCCUCCAUGUUCCUGCCCCCCAGCCUGGGGGGGCUCACCUUGCCGGGGUUCUCCCAGGCCACUCUGGCGGGACUGCAGAACGCCAUGGCGGGCGCCAGCGGCGGGGCGGCGGGGGAGGAGAAGGAAGCCGGCAAGGAGCCCGCGCCGGACGCCAAGGCAGAGGACGGCGACAAUACCAUGGAGGACAGCGAUACGGAUGAGAGCCAGAACAAGACAGCCGACUCCUCGGUCCUGGAGGAUGAGGUGGGGCCCGCAGAGGAGCUGGAUUCCCUCGACGGCGGGGAGGACGGAGAGGAGAAUGAGAACGAUGAUUAGAAACGUCUCCACGCCCCCACCCUGCCUUUCGGUUUCAAGAAGUGUUUUAAACUUUUUGACAAUUGGUUAGUCCUACUGUUUACAUGCCAAUUAAAUAUCCAAACAUUUAGAUUUUGGCUUUUUUUUCCCUCCAUUUUCAAAGGCAAGACAAAAUGGGGGGGGAAAGCUCUCUGUAACAUAGUGUAGCAAAAACAAAAAACAAACAAAAAGAGUCAUGUUACACAGAUGUUAUAAAGGUGUUUCUUGGUCCUUAAGUAUUGUGCAGUGCAUUAUUUAUUAUCCUAGGAGAGUUAAGAAAUUUCUGAACUUUAUCUGAAAUCUUUUAGGACUGACUUGUUUAAAUAAUGCUCUGCUGCUUUUUUUUUUUGUUUUCUUUCCCUACCAUUGGUAUUAUGUUGAUGAGCAGCAAUUUUUUUAAAUCCAGUGGCAUAAAGGUUAACGGCAUUAGUAUCUGCUGCUGAAAAGGAUUAAAUGAAGAUGUAUAUUUAACUUUUUAUUUUGUACUGUUUGUUUUGCUGUGAAGAUCAGGAUGAAUUUCAUACAUAUCAUGCCUACAGACUGUGUUCUGAGUUUCACACACUGACAAUCUGAACAGAGGUGUGAACGUCUCAGCCUGAAGAGACAGCAAUAACUAAGGCAGCUGUUGAAUGUUAGAUUAUUCUCAGAAUAACACACCAGGAGGGUGACCACAAGAUAAAAAAAACUACAGUCAAUUUGUCUCGUGAUAUUCUUGUUAAUGCACUGGUAUAAACUAAGAAAAAUCAGGUACAUUUCUCUAAUGAAAGGACUUUUGUUACUUUAGCCACAAAGCUGAACAGCAUUACCUCAAUUCUAACUAGCCUUGAAGUUUACAGACAUGACUUUGUAAAUGUUUGUUUUUGUUUUGUUUUGUUUUUUUUCUUCUUUUUGUGAUGUCUUUUUUUAUUUUUGGAAACUAUCAUGUAUGAUAAGAUGUAAAUUGCUGCCAACUGUAGUAAUGAUGCUUUUAAUAAAAGUGACUCACGAUAUUCGUCUAGGAAACCAAAUCAGAAUGUUUGUGGUCUUUCAUGUAGGUUUCUUAGAAACAUGCUCGACAGUCUCAUCUUGCUGAGAGAGUUUGUAAAUGGCUAAUACGACUUUGAACUGGUCCACAGUGGAUUUUUACUGACUUGAGAUUUUUUGGAUUUAUUUUCUAUAUUAGUGUUCAGUUGCUUGUAAGAUUUGUAUAGCUGCUUUCAGUAAAAGAGGAAAACUGCAGCAAAUGCUUUUGAUACUUUGGUGAUGAAACAUUGUACUGUUUCAAGCAGCAUGUCACAAACGGUUUUACUGGAAUUCCUCCUGCCAGUUGUAUUUUGUCUACAUAGCUUCUUGAACCUGAAGAUCUAAAACAGAAUUGUUUUUGGCUUAUUUCAACUCUGAAAUUAAUUUUAACUUUGGAUUCUUGAAAACACCAGUCCUUUUCCGUGAAUAAAACUUUUGUAUUUACCUUAUCUUGCAGCGAACAGGGUUCCUUGCAUUCCUUUUGGGGGGCAUUUUUUAAACGUUUGUUUUUGAUUCAGAAUGCAAAUAAAGUUGACAAAUUCUACCGGA